CAACGCUCCCCGUUGUUAACAGCGAAAGGUCUCGUCACGACAGACGCACAGCAUUCUGGUACUGCCUUCAGAAAGCUGCUCCAAAAUGUCGAUUGCGGUUCUUUCGUCCUUGGGUCGCUGUGGCUUUUUGGCUUUUCGUUCUCCAGUUGGACUUGUGGCUGUCCGCCAUGCCCAGACAGCAGCAGCUCCAGCUGCUGAGCCCAGGAUAAAGAAGUUCCAGGUGUAUCGCUGGGACCCAGACACUCCAGGAGACAAGCCUCGCAUGCAGACCUAUGACAUCGACCUCAACACGUGUGGGCCAAUGGUUCUGGAUGCCCUCAUCAAGAUCAAGAAUGAGAUGGACAGCACUCUAACAUUCCGCCGUUCCUGCAGAGAAGGUAUCUGUGGAUCCUGUGCGAUGAACAUUGGCGGGGGCAACACACUUGCCUGCCUCAACAAGAUCGACACCAACACAAGCAAGCCCACCAAAAUAUACCCCCUGCCACACAUGUAUGUCGUUAAGGAUCUGGUGCCUGACAUGAGUAACUUCUACGCCCAGUACAAGUCCAUCGAGCCCUUCCUGAAGAGGAAGGACGAGUCCAAGGAGGGACAGGAGCAGUACACGCAGUCCGUCGAUGACAGACAGAAAUUGGACGGCUUGUACGAGUGCAUUCUGUGCGCUUGCUGCAGCACCAGCUGCCCCAGCUAUUGGUGGAAUGGGGACAAGUACCUUGGACCUGCGGUUCUCAUGCAGGCCUACCGAUGGAUGAUUGAUUCCAGAGACGAGUUCACGGAGGAGCGUCUGUCCAAGCUGCAGGACCCCUUCUCUCUGUACCGCUGUCACACCAUCAUGAACUGCACCAAGACCUGCCCCAAGGGGCUGAACCCUGGAAAGGCGAUAGCUGAGAUUAAAAAGAUGAUGGCGAUGUACAAAGACAAGAAGACUGCUACAGCUUAAUCCAUUAAAGCUUUUAAACCCCAAUGCUCCCUAAAUUAUAUUAUGAUUACCACAAAGGGGUCUGAUGGACAUAUUCAUGAAAAGUUCAGGGUUAUCAUACCUCUGUGAUACUCCGAUAUGCUGCACUGAAUAUCUGAGGUUCUAUGCUGACAGUGUAUUUUGCAGUAUUGAUGCUGAUUGUGUGUAUUAUUGUGCACAUGAAGAAUGGGAUGCUCCAUAUUACUAAUCAUUCUCAUGUGCUGCUCAUGCUUAUUAAAAUUUAUUUUCAACAUAUUGUAUGAUCCUUAAGAUCUGCUACCAUACCAGCUGACAUAUUUGUUUGAUGUAAAAUAAAUCGUUAUAAUGGUUGCUGUUCUGGGGAUUAUUUUAGAUUUUUGCAAACAUGACUGAUGAUCGAGAGAUGAUUGACAUGGCUGGAACCUAACCAGUGUAGCUACAAACUUUUUGCAAGGGUAGUUCCAAGGCUUUUUUUAUUAUUCGGUGACGCUGGUGAUCUACCGCUAGAGGGCACCACUGUAGAAUUGUGGGAAAGACUGACCUGUGUACGAAUGUCCUAAUGUAUCGCUGGUUCGCAAUCUGGGACGGCACACUUGGGGCCGCCAAAGUUUCAUAGGCUCGCACUAGUAUUCAUCCUCUCGGUGUGUGUUAUGCCACAAUUUAGAUCUAUGCAUUGUAAGGAUUUUAUGUGAUUCUUUUUUUGUAGUGUUUUUUCUUGUGUUUUUUCAUGCUUGCGUAAAUAUACAAACUAUUAGAAAAAGCAUGAAAUGGGGGACGAUCUGAAAUUAAUAAACUGAUCUU